AUGGAUUUCAUACUUUCUUUGACGCAUUUCUGCGAGGUGCAUGGUCCAACCUCCAUCAUCUGUUCGCAGGUUCUCCCAUUCUCCUGUCAACAAUGCUAUCCCGAAACCUCCGACUAUUCUCCCACUGAUACCCCUGCCACCUCACACGAUACCGCCUCCUCCCAUGGCCUGCACAGUCAGACAAGCAGCAAGCCCCCUUCGUCCGCUAAAUUAUCUGAAAGGAGCCCGGAAGCCGGCAACCGGUCGCCUCGCAUUGAAGACCAUCCAUCAUUUCUGAAGAGCCAGACCACCCCACCGGAGGGACAACCGACCUCGAGCCAUUUGGGAGGCGCCGAGGGGGAGACCUGUGCCAGUUGUAGUCUGACGCUCCCAGAAGAUGUAAGCAAACAGCUUCCGCCAGGGGCGCCGGGAACAGCCAAGAGUGAUGGCAAGGGUCGGAACGGCAGUCCGGUCCUGCGGUCCCGCCAGGUGGUUUACACCUGUGGCAAUAGUCCCGCCGAUCAUGAAGAUGGCGCACACGACCCGCAUGUCCAUCAAUCUUACCCGGAGUCUCUCCAUUCGUCCUCUGUUACGUCAGAUCCUGCUUGCCAUUCGCAUAUCCUCACCUACCUGUCCCUACGUGGACCUCCUAACCCUACCGAUUACGCCAUUCUUCGUCGCUCUUCUAUCCGCACCCUGAGUUGUGAACUCUUGCCCCGCGGGCUUUCUUCCGGACCUUUGAGUUUCGGGGAUGGGAUCGCCGGCUAUACCAUUGCGUUCAUCUUCCGCCUUCCCGAUCCUAUGGCCCGCGGGAAACGACGUAGCUACGCUCUUCUCGCCUUGGCAGGCCGGGAUGCGGGUAGGGCCUUUCGGGCGUCGCCCGUUAUUUGGCGCACCUUUGGGCGCAUCGCGGCUGGCAUGGUGAAUUCGGCAGAGAAGUUUCAAGAAGAAGAAAAACGCCGCGAGGAGCAGAACAAGGGCCCCGAUCGAGACGGAAACAGACCAUACACCCCGGUUUCUUCCUUUCUGACUGGACGGGCGCUAGAUCCGGCCAGUCAACUCCGCCGUCCUGGUCCGGUCCGUGCCAGGAAUCUGUCGGAGAUUGUGGGUAACCAGUACAUUUUCGCUGAAAUUCACGCCCACUUCGUGGCUCUUCUCCAACAGCUUGGCCUCAUGUUCGGAACUUUUCCCGUCUCAGAGGAGCAGAUCAUCAGCACCAUCCGUGAAGAAGAGGAUGUGACUGCAGCGAGGCGGCAGUCUACCUCGAUGGCAGGUGGGAAAGAGAAGUCUCGGCGCAAAGCCUCCCAACAGUACGAUGAUGAUACCGAUUUGGGAAUGGCGACCUUGAACUUAUCUUCGGCUUCCGGGCCCAAGCCUAUCCCUAUCACCCCUCGCAGACCUGUUGUCGCUUGA